AUGGUGGCAGCGCACAAGAAGAAGCGACCACCCAAAGAACAACUCAGGGCGUUUCUGGAGGAGCUGACAAAGGAGCCGGAGCCGCUGCCGUCACUCAACGAAUGGCUCAAGCAGAAGGAACAGGCCCUCAAGGAGGAAGAAGAGCUGGCUGCGUCAACACCGCUGCAGCUGUAUGUGAAGAACUUGGACAAGAAAACCAAUAUGCCGAAACGCAAGAAGGACAAGAAGAAAGACAAGAAAGACAAGAAGAAGAAGGAGAAGAAAGACAGGAAGAAAGAGAAGCGAGCAAAGGCCCAGCAGGAGGCAGCGGCCGCAGCGCAGGCAGCAACCAAGCCCUCCAUCCAUCCUACACAGCAGCAGCAGCAACAACAACAGCAACAGCAGCAACAGCAGCAGCAGCAGCAGCAGCAGCAGCAGCAGCAGCAGCAGCAGCAGCAGCAACGGCCGCCAACAAAACCCAAGCAGCAGCAGCAGCAGCGUGAUGGCGGCGAUGCGUCCCGUGGAUCGCGGCGCAAGGAGCGGACCCCACGUGGCGGCGGCAUCUACCAACCGCCAGGUGCACGCGGUGCUGCCCGUGCCCGCGACGGUGGCGAGCGCGCUGGCGAUGGUGCUGAUGGCGGCGCUGGUGGUGGUGGUGGUGGUGGUGGGCACGCUAGCGAUGAGCAGCAGAAGCGUCGGGAGAAGCGUGCGCGGCAGCGGGAGCGAAGACGCGACAAGGCCGCCCGCAAGGAUGGUGAACAGGGUACACCACAGCAGCAGGUGCAUCGUGAUGAUGAUGGUGAUGCGGGCAGUGCACGUGGCCGUGGUCGUGGUGGUGGCCGUGGUGGCCGUGGUGGCCGUGGCCGUGAUCGUAACAGGAAGAAGCGACAGCAACACGAGCCGCAGCCCAAGCUGUUGCAGCGUGGCCAGGAUCUUCCGCCAAUGCCAACAACAGAGGGCGGCGGCGGUGGUGGUCGUGGGGGAAGGGGCAGAGGAGGCAGAGGAGGAGGAAGAGGAGGAGGUGGUGGUCGUCGUGGUCGUGGUCACAGGGGUGGCGGUCGUGGUGGUGAUGCUUCUUCUGCUUCUCCUCAUCAGCCUCGUCAACAAUAAAGAAUUGUGCACCC